CCUUUUGUGUUGGACUCGCAUCAAACUUCGAAGUGAAUGUGAAUGCGCCACAUACAACGUAUCAAAACACCUGAGGACAGUGUGGGCCGGGUAUUUAGGUCCAUAAGAUCUUCGAAGCCCUUCUUUUGCCUGGUGAGCAGAGAGAUCCUUUGUAUUUGUACGUCGAAGUCAUGGAAUCCGAGAUUCAUCGAACAUCAUGUUGUGCCACCAACCAUGCACCGUUAUCUAUCCUCUGAUGUUCUACAAUACUACCAUAGCCGGAAUCAAACUGCAAUUGUAACACAAUACUCCAUAUACUCCAUAUAGACAAGUCUUCUUGCCUACAGAGGGAAAGAGCCCAGAUGCUAGAAGUGGCAGGAAUGGCCUGGAUGAAUACCACUGUCGUGCUACUUGCAAAGUUGCGCUACGUGUGAUCCUAACUUUUGAUUGAUGCAUAGAUAUGCUUUUUAUCGGGACUCUAAUGAUUUCCUGUUAAUUAGCGGAUGCCUCUUCCCGAGCUUAAAGCUGCCCCACUGUCGCCAGAGUGUCGUCAACCAUCAAACUGCAGCUAACACCGUCGUCAACAGACACAUCGAGACCAUCAACACAAUGCCAGACGACGAGCCCUCGAAAAACCCCUUUGUGCGCUUCAAGCAACACGUCGACUCGAACAUUCAAGCGGGCGUCAACACCGUUCUGUCCCUCCCGUCCACCCUCUCCCGCACCAGCAACAACGACAGCAAUUAUCCCGACACUAGCGACAGCGAAAUGACCAAACCCACAGACUCCUGGCACCCGCCUUCCUCGCCGUCUCCCACAACUCCCUUCGACAACCAAAUAUCAACACCAACUGCACAUCAUGAUGACGCCCUUCAGCCCUCCCCGCAGCUCGAAGCCGCCAUCGACGCCCUUCGCGGCGGCUCCCACGCCGACGCGGAUCUCGCCUGGCGGCUUUUCCUCACACGAUCGGCCUACUCCCCAAUCCGGCUGCAUCGUGAGCUGGGUUGGUCUCCGCAGCCCAAUGACAACAACACCAACAGCCACGAGUACUACCCCGCGCCAUCCACCUCGACGGGCUGGCUAGAUGCCUUUGAGGACUUGCUGCUUGCCAGCUCGGGCGCCGAGAUGGCCGAUCUGCGCGAGCGGAGUCUCGCCUACCCCAGUCCGCCGCGGACCUUGUGGCAUGACCUGGUGCACUGGGGAGGAGGAGCUCCGUGGGCCGAGGUGAUGUGGCUGAAGAGAUUGGAGACGAGGAAGCUGAGGGAGGUGUACUUCCCCGUCUGUGACCGCAUCAGCGGGUGGCGGUCGCCGGCGACGAGGGAGGAGUGGGUCGAGACGAGGCGACGAGAGGAAUCCGAGGUCUCGGACCGGUGGAGGGAAGUUCAGAGGGAGUUUGGAUCCGGCGGUAAGAGGGGAAGGCAGGGGGACGAGGAAGAAGAUGGCGAAAUGGGGUCGUUCUUUUCGGAUAUUAGUGCGGUCGUGAAGGCGUUGGGGAGAUUCCUCGAGGACGAGGUUCGUUCGUCACCGUGGCCUGGCAGGCGCGGCGGAGAGGGAGAGAAGAAGCGCGAGGGAAAGACUGCUGAGGAUGGCGAUGAGCCCGAGACGGAAAAUGACCUGUACUCGAUCAUUCGGUCUGCCUUCAACGAGUCGGAGCGAUCGCUGUCUACGCUUUUCAAGUCUAUCGCCGAGGGCCGACGUGACAACAGCUUCUGGGAACCCAAGCCGGCAUCUCAGCCAAAGACUGAGACCACAGAGAUCGUGGAGGACGGUAUCACCAAGAAGACUACCAAGACCGAAUAUAAGGACGACCGGGGCAACAAGCGCUCCAAGAUUGAGACCAUCUGGACCGAUGAAGACGGCCGCGUUAUUCUGAAACAGGUCCAGAGUUCGAGUGAGCGUUCACACCAGUGGCACGCGACGUUCGGAGGGCACGACAAUGCCAGCGAUGCCAUUGAAGAUGAAAAAUUCCAUGAUCAUGACAAGGAGCAAGCCAAUAGCUCGAAAGAACGGAGGAAGGAGGGCGGCUGGUUCUGGAAAUGAAGCAAAGAUUGACUGGCCGGUGGGCCGAAUGAGCACUUCACAAAUCCCCACUCCUUUCUGUCAGAGAUCGAUGGGUAUGAAUUCUGUCUGUAUGGAAGGCUUUAUUAAAGCUGCUUCUAGCUGUAUAUAUUCAACCUCACUCAAACUGCCUCCUGAACAUACAAUAUGCCAAGUCAUAUGCGACUUUGGGUUUUGCUGAGCAAGUUAGUGAUGCUGCUCAGCUGCUUGGUUAAAUACUACUGAGUAAAUAA